AUGCAGAGAGCUUUGACUUCGAGGGCUUCGGCUUUGAGAUCAGCCUCGAGCCUUCGUCCUGUUCUUUCUGGCUUCAAUGCCCAGCAGUUGCGGUUCGCACACAAGGAGCUCAAGUUCGGUGUUGAAGCUAGAGCUUCCCUCCUUGCUGGUGUUGAGACUUUGGCAAAGGCUGUCUCAGUAACCUUGGGGCCUAAGGGACGCAAUGUUUUGAUUGAGUCGAGUUACGGAUCACCAAAGAUCACCAAGGAUGGUGUGACUGUUGCUAGAGCCAUUACCCUCAAGGAUAAAUUCGAAAACCUCGGUGCCCGCCUCAUCCAAGAUGUUGCAUCGAAAACAAACGAGACUGCUGGUGAUGGAACCACAACCGCCACUGUCCUCGCCCGAGCCAUCUUUUCAGAGACUGUCAAGAACGUUGCUGCCGGAUGCAACCCAAUGGAUCUCCGCAGAGGUACCCAAGCUGCCGUCGAAGCGGUUGUUGAGUUCCUCCAGAAGAAUAAGCGCGAUAUCACCACCAGCGAGGAGAUCGCGCAAGUUGCCACCAUUUCUGCUAACGGCGACACACAUAUUGGAAAGUUGAUUGCAAAUGCUAUGGAGAAGGUCGGAAAGGAGGGUGUUAUCACUGUCAAGGAGGGCAAGACUAUGGAGGACGAGCUUGAGGUCACUGAGGGAAUGCGAUUCGACCGUGGUUUCGUCUCGCCAUACUUUAUUACGGACGUCAAGACCCAGAAGGUUGAGUUCGAGAAACCUUUGAUCCUUCUCUCCGAGAAGAAGAUCUCUGCUGUUCAGGACAUCAUCCCAGCUCUCGAGGCUUCCACCCAACUCCGCAGGCCUCUGGUUAUCAUUGCUGAGGACAUCGAUGGCGAGGCUCUCGCCGUCUGCAUCUUGAACAAGCUCCGUGGUCAACUCCAAGUUGCUGCUGUCAAGGCUCCUGGCUUCGGUGACAACCGCAAGUCUAUCCUCGGCGAUCUCGGAAUCCUGACCAACGCGACCGUCUUCACUGACGAGCUCGACAUCAAGCUUGAGAAGGCUACGCCAGACAUGUUCGGAAGCACUGGCUCAAUCACCAUCACAAAAGAAGACACAAUCAUCUUGAACGGAGAUGGUAGCAAGGAUGCUAUCAGCCAACGUUGCGAGCAAAUUCGUGGAGUCAUGUCAGACCCAACUACCUCUGACUACGAGAAGGAGAAGCUCCAGGAGCGUCUUGCUAAGCUGUCCGGAGGUGUUGCUGUUAUUAAGGUCGGUGGAUCAUCUGAGGUAGAGGUUGGUGAGAAGAAGGACCGCUUCGUCGAUGCACUCAACGCCACCCGCGCCGCUGUUGAGGAGGGCAUCCUUCCCGGAGGUGGAACUGCUCUUCUCAAGGCAUCAAGCCAAGCUCUUAGCAACAUCAAGACCGCAAACUUCGAUCAACAACUCGGUGUUAGCAUCGUUAAGAGCGCGAUCACCAAGCCUGCUCGCAUGAUUGUUGAGAAUGCAGGAACUGAGGGUUCAGUCGUUGUUGGCAAGCUCACGGAUGAGUUCGGAGCCGACUUCAACAAGGGAUAUGACAGCUCCAAGGGCGAGUACGUUGACAUGAUCGCUGCUGGUAUCGUCGAUCCUUUCAAGGUUGUCCGAACUGGUCUGGUUGAUGCUAGCGGUGUUGCAUCAUUGCUUGGUACAACCGAGGUUGCCAUUACUGAGGCUCCUGAGGAGAAGGGUCCACCAGGACCACCGGGUGGUGGCAUGGGUGGAAUGGGUGGUAUGGGCGGAAUGAUGUAA